CUGGGAGACAGUUUCUCCUGUGUGAGUUUGUCUGCUCCUCCUAUUCGGGUCUCUCCUCUCCUCCACCAUGAUGCCGCUGUGGCUCCCCAGAGGCCCCUGUGUGGCGGCUGUGGUCCUGGCACUGAUAGCCAGGAUCCCUCUGGUGGCUUUGGUCAGGGACCCCCGACCUCGGUUCCUGUUACAAGCUAAAUGUGAGUGUCGUUUCUACAACGGGACGCAGCGCGUGCGGUAUCUGGACAGAGGCAUCUACAACCAGGAGGAAUACGUGCACUACGACAGCAACGUGGGCAAGUACCUCGCGGUGACCGAGCUUGGGCAGCCCUCAGCCGAGUAUUUCAACAGCCAGAAGGAGCUCCUGGAGCGGAAGCGGGCAGAGAUAGAGACGGUGUGCAGACACAACUACAGGGUGGGAGAGAGCUUCACUGUGCAGCGGAGAGUUGAGCCCCGGGUGACCGUGUACCCGACAAAGACACAGCCUCAGGAGCACCACAACCUCCUGGUCUGCUCUGUGAGCAGCUUCUACCCCGGCCACAUUGAAGUCAGAUGGUUCCGGAAUGGCCAGGAGGAGAAGGCUGGGGUCGUGUCCACGGGCCUGAUCCGGAAUGGAGACUGGACCUUCCAGAUCCUGGUGAUGCUGGAGACGGUUCCUCAGAGUGGAGAGGUUUACACCUGCCAGGUGGAGCAUCCCAGCCUGAGCAGCCCUGACACAGUGGAGUGGAGGGCACAGUCCACAUCUGCACAGAACAAGAUGCUCAGUGGAAUCGGGGGCUUCGUGCUGGGUCCGCUCUUCUUCAUGCUGGGGCUGUUCAUCUACUUCAGGAACCAGCAAGGACAGUCUGGGCUUCAGCCGACAGGACUCCUGACUGACUGAGGUGACAAGGCUGAAGGAAGGAGCUUCCCAUCUCCAUGGCUUGAAAUUGUGUCCAGUCUGUCUUGACCUCCUCCAUUGGCAGUGCUCCUCUAGGACCUGGCUCCUCCUGGCUCUGGAUUCUGUAGACUUGUGUUCCCUGUUCAGCCCCUGGCCCCAGCCUGGUAUCUCCCUUCGGACAGAAGCUCCCCUCCCUGCACCUGCCCUUUGUCUGGUGUGCCUGAGCCCAUCUGCUGCCACAAUGCCUGCUGUCUUGGAUGGUUUUGUGUCAACCUGACACAAGCUAAGUCAUCAGAGGAGGGAAUUUCCAUCGAGAUAUUGCCUCCAUAAGACUGAGCUACAGGCAAUCCUGCAGGGCAUUUUCUUAAUUAGUGAUUGAUACUUGAAGUUGCAUGGUGCCUUCCCUGGGCUGGUG